AUGACGUUGACGCGCGCGCGCGAGGGCGCGUUCGAUGGAUCGGACGAGGCGAGCGAGAACGAAGGAACGUCGAGAGAGGUGGUGGAGAAGAUGCGGACGCAUCGGGGGGAGGAACGACGACACGGUGGGUCGAUGAUGCUGCAAUUGCUGGAUAACUUGGGAGAGCUGCGAUUGGACGGAGACGGUCUGGGCGAGCCGGCGAUGGUGUUCCUGUACACGGAGGAUGGGGUGGAACAAGUGGUGAAUUCACACUCGGGCGUGGGGCGUCAGAGCGCGAUCGGAAGGCUGAGGGAGAAAGCCGUAGCACACGAUGGAGAUAGCGAGAACGAGGGAGCGGCUGGCUCGCUUCGGUCGGAAACCGGGCAUUUCUUUUCCACGGAGUUGGAGAACUCGAGAGAUGAGAGUAAGCGCGUGGACGAGGACUCGAAAUAA